GAUAGGAUGGUGGUGACACAGCAAACAGGGCAGCUGCACAUACUGGCACCAAGUCUGUGUGUGUCCAUGUCUCUGAAUCAAUGUGAUUCUGAUUAGUUCAUAGGAUAUCAGUGAAUUUAUGAUUGUGGAUGUGUUUAAUUUAUGAUUGUGUGUGUGUUGUGCAUAUGUGUGGGUGCACACUGCAUGACCACUACACUAAAAAAAAAGUGAUCACCUACUCUAUUAAAUCUACCCCCAGCUCAUCACAUAGAAUAUGAAUCACUGUGGAUCCUUUGAACGUGAACUAAACUGGUGUUAGGACCCAGGGAGUGCCUGACCGUGGACCUGCCUACCCCCUACAAUAAAUAUAGCUUGCUAUUAGGAGAGAGUCAGAUGGCCAGAGCUGACCGACAUGACAACCCCCCCACAUGCCAUAGCCUGAAGGAGAGACAGUUUCCCUAUGAAGAGUGUGUGUUGCAGUGAGAGAGCAAGUACGUAGACGGUUUUAGUGAGUGUAUGUAUGUUUGUGGAAUUGAUGAAUGUCACUGGAAGUGUGAUUGGAUGUGUUUAUAUUGUCAUUGGGGGGGUGCACGAGAAAAGUGUGAAUCUACUUGUGUGUAGGCUACUGUUAUUUAUUUGUGUGUGUAGUGUGAGAAUGUCACUGUGAAGUGUGAUUGGAUGUGUUUAUAUUGUCAUUGGGGGGGUGCACGAGAAAAGUGUGAAUCUACUUGUGUGUAGGCUACUGUUAUUUAUUUGUGUGUGUAGUGUGAGAAUGUCACUGAAGUGUUUGUGACAAAGAUACACGUCAAAAGUGCAUGUAUGUACGUGAAAUAGGAGAAAGGAAAGUUGACAUUGGUGCGAGUGAGUGUGUGAGCGCAGCGCAGGCUUAGUUAGCAAAGGUCGACGUGUCACCAGGGUCAAAGGUCAUCCGUCGAAGAUGCUCCAGCCGCAGCUCCAGCUGUGCAAGGUCACCAACGCGCUGUUCAUCAGCAACGCGCGCUCGGCCUGCGCUGACGACCUCAUCCAGCAGGAGGCAGUGACGCUGUGCAUCAACGUGUCCAAGCAGCAGCCCUUCCCCGAGUCGUCACGCAUCGCUGCGCUGCGUGUGCCCGUCUACGACGACCCCACUGAGGACCUGUACCGCUACUUCGAUAGCUGUGCAGACGCUAUCCGGGACGAGGCAUCCAAGGGAGGCCACACCGUCGUCUAUUGCAAGAACGGCCGCAGCCGCUCGGCCACCAUCUGCGUGGCGUACCUCAUGAAGUACCGCAAGCUCUCAUUGGCUGAGGCGUUUACGAAAGUGAGGACUUCACGCUCAGUGGUGGACCCCAACUCGGGAUUCUGGGCCCAGCUGGAAAGAUAUGAGCAAGAGCUGAAAAAGAGGCGGGGGGAGGUGGACAACGCCCCAACCUAAUGUCGCCCUCUAGAACCCUGCAGCUCUCCACCGUAAACCGACCGUCCUGAAACUCUUUGGGCCAGUUUCCCGGACACAGAUUAAAAACCAUGGUCAAUGGAACAUCUCCAUUUUAAAUUCAGGUCUAGGUUUAAUGAUACAUGAGUUUUACAUAGCAUUUCUAAAGGAGAUCUGUGUCUGGGAAACUAGCAUUAUAUCUAAAGAGGUGGACCAGCCUCCGGUCUAGAGGAGCCCCCACCUCUGGAGUUGGUAGAAGUUGCCCCUAUAAUCGCUGGGCCAGGGUCCGAUAUUUUCCAUCCUCCUAAUGGUUAAGGUUAUGAUUUUGGGUUGGGUAAUCUGAUCCUAGAUCUGUGGUAGGCUAGGGGCUACUUCUACAUCGAGCUCCACCCUGUGGGACCCUGGCCCCCUCUAACCCUUAGAGAAACAAAGAGAAGUGUUACUUUUUACCCUCAAAAUGACGCUCCAUUAGUUCAUUACAAAGCCAAUGCAUUACAAAGCCACAUGCUUUGUAAUGCAUUCUAGAUACAUUACAAGUAUGAAUUUAUAUAACUUCUUAUAAGAAGCCAUAUGGAGUGCAAAAAUAUGUCUAUGUAGAUGUAUUAUUAAUAUAUGUGUAGCCUUUAGGGAUUUAAAAAGCCUGCUGAAAGGAGCAAUGCACUGCUAUGAAUGCUUAUAGCAAGUCAUAUAAUGGAAAAAAAGGUAUUAUAAUGCACAAGUGGGUGAUAAUAGACAAUGUAAGUGCCAUCAUAAUGCAUUAUGUACAGUUGGUUCAUAAAUCAACCCAAUCUCUUAAAUUACAUGUCACAAUAAUGUAUAUUUCCAUGGGGUUGCAUAGAGAGUGUUACUCUGGCUCUAUAGUCAUUGACAGCACUUAUGUACCCUUGUACAAACACUGAAGAGGCUGUUGCAGUGCCACCUUUAACCUCUAGAGGGAAGUAUUACAAUGGAAUAGAGUCAAAAACAUGACAAACCAGAUGGGAUGCUUUGUGGAGAUGUACUACCACAGACUUUUUGCGUAGAAAUCUCUACAGCUCAGAAACGUUUCUCCUCUGCACAUUAAAUAUUUAUCUGAGCAAUACUGAAUCUUAACUCUGCAGGGAUUUAACGAGUCUUAGCCAUUAAACGUUCGUUAUAGCAGCUAAUGUAGAGCAGGUGCAAUGACCUGUGCUCAGGUAAUACAACACGUUACAAUAGAGGGCUGCUAUUGACUAGAUAAAGCAUCAAAUCAAAUCAAAUUCUAUUGGUCGCGUACACAUAGACAUAGUCAUUGGUCACCUCCCUGACCAAGCCCCUUCUCCCCAAUUGAUCAGUUUGGCCGGACGGCCAGCUCUAGGAAGAGUCUUGGUGGUUCCAAACUUCUUCCAUUUAAGAAUGAUGGAGGCCAAUGUGUUCUUGGGGACUUUCAAUGCUGCACAUUUUUUGGUACCCUUCCAGAGAUCUGUGCCUCGACACAAUCCUGUCUCGGAGCUCUAAAAAAAUGUCUAAAAACCUGUUUUCGCUUUGUCAUUAUGGGGUAAUGUGUGUAGAUUGCUGCUGAUUUAAUUUUUUUAAAUCAAUUUUAGAAUAAGGCUGUAACAUAACAAGAUAUGAAAAAAGUAAAGGGUUCUGAAUACUUUCCGAAGACACUGUGUACAUAUAUAUAUAUAUAUAUUCUGGACUCUGACAUUGCUUGUUCUGAUAUUUCUUAAUUUAUUUCAUUAACUUUAUUUUUAUUUUGUGUGUAUGAUUUUGUAUUGUUCGGAGUACUAUACUGUUGGAGCUAGAAACAUAAGCAUUUAGCUGCACCUGCGAUAAAAUCGUCACAGUAUGUGUACGUGACCAAUAAAGUUUGGCUUGAUUUGGCUGUUGCGGUUCUUACAUGGGUUCCCAUCCUGGCGCCGGGGUGCCCUGAUUUGUUAUUGGGAGUGCGUCCCAGCACCCAUUUUAUGUAAACCUCUCUGCGACCAUGAUCAGAUGUUCCCCUUCCAUGUGGUAGCAAAGCUGUUAGAGCAUAGAGCCAGUAACUGAAAGGUCACUGGUUCAAAUCCCCAACUAUGUGAAACAUCUGUCGACGUAUCCUUAAGGAAGGCACUUUGCACGAAUUGCUUCUGAAUAAGACUGUCUGCUGAAUGUAUACAUGGAGGACAUCUUGGGGUGCUUUCAGACAUUUUCAACACUCUGUUCCCUUUGUCAGCGUUUGGUUAAUGUUGUUCAUAGGUUCAUCUAUGACCUGUCUUUGGUAUUACAUGAUUUAUGUUUACAUGCGCUGCUUGUGUAGCCUAAAAUAUUUGAGACUUUACUGAAGCUAUGUGUCUGACAUGUUUAAGCCAUAAAAGAAAUCAAGACAAGAGACAAAAAAAAUCUAGACCAGAGAAAAGAAAUCAACCAUAUGAUAAUUGAGACUGUAUAUCUGUGAAUAUCUAAAAGAAAUUGUUCUACAACUGUUUGUACAAGUGCUGGCCUUUAACUGUGAUACUCUAUGUGCUACAACAAGGUAGAAAUAGCCGAUAGAAAAAAUACUUCUGUACGAACUAGGGCUGAAUAUUAGGCAACUACAAUCCCUUUAAGAAAGUAUAUCACUGUAAAUCUCAUAGGAAAACCUUAACCCUUAUCCUAACCCUAAACUUAACCCUUAACCUAACCCUAACCCUUACCCUUUACUCUAAACUUGUAACCCUAACCUUUGCAAGCAGUUGCUUAUCAACAAAUAGUUUUUUUUAAUAGUAUGACCAUCUGUAGAUCAUCUUUAUGGGACUAUCCAAAUAAAGUGUGAUUAGAAUCUCUAUCCUGGUGGCCUAGUGGUUAGGAUUUGGUGCUUUCACCAUUGCGGCCCGGGGUCAAUUCCCGGUCGGGAUGAAUAGCUCUGGGCUCCCGAGUGGUGCAGCGGUCUAUCUCAGUGCUAGAGGCGUCACUGCAGAUCCUGGUUUGAUUCCAGGGCUGUAUCACAACUGGCUGUGAUAGGGGGUCCCAUAGUGCACAAUUGGCCCAGCAAUGUUAGACUUUAGCUGGAGUAGGCCAUCUUCUUGAAUAAUAAUUUGUUCUUAACUGAAUU